GAAUCUGAAAAUGCGAAGAAAUGGCUGCGAUUGUUCGCCGAAAAGUUCGGUGUGAACACAUUGAUGCUCUACGAGCGUCCAGCUUUCGAUGGCAUGUUCCCAUGGCAAAGCCGACGUCCUAAAGCUCGUUACAGCCGAAUGACGCCGCUUAUCAGAGCGAUUCAAGCCAGAUGUGUAUCGCUUGUGAAAUUUUUGUUAGACAAUAAAGAUCUCGAAGUGGACGUUAACCAGACGGACGAGUUUGGUUUAACUCCUCUGANCGGCUCUGCGCAGAAACCACUGCCGAUAAGCACUGGCAAAACUGACAAGCCAUCAAGUUCAAACUCUGCACUCGAUACCACCGAUAGAUCUCCAUCUCGAAGGAAUAGACUAAGAUUAAAGGCACGUCAACAAACGAAUGGAAUCGCUGGUGCGUUGAUGGGUAUCGGUGCCACUGAAAUGUCGUCGCAAAACACCGACAACACCUCAAUACUGUCAUCGGAAUCUGGUGGAAUCGACAACGAACACACAGAAGAUGUAAAGCUUGAAAACCUAAUUGUUUCACAAAACGAUGUGAUUAAACUGUUGAAUAUGAAGUUGGAUCUGAAGCGAACCGUCUCAAGAGAACAAUUUCAAAAAGCAUUCGGACCCGAAUUUGACUGCGACGGAAGUUUAACAGAGGCAAAUUUCGUGCAUUUUAUGCUCAGGCCAUGCGCUUGGGAGAAUGUAAAGCUUCUGAGUGCUCUAUGUAGCGGAACUCCAGCGAUCUCAGAGAUGCUCGAUCCGCCGAAUUCGAAAGGUUUAGAAAGCCCACUGAUGACUGCAAAACGUUUCUGCCAGGCGAAAAUGUUGGCAGCGAUGAAACAGCUUUGCAAAGCUUCGAAAGCAAUCAAAAUCGAAAUGGUUUGA